AUGGCUCGGCGUCAAGGGAUGACGCCAAGUCGUGACUACAUCGCCUUUCCUUAUUACACCUUAGUUCCAACGCAACCGCCACCACCACCCCCUCCAGGUAGUGAUGUACCGCCACCACCUCCUCCCCCACCUCCCCCAGCUAAGCGUGCCUGGGUGUGCUAUUCAACCUCCAACAGUGGGGUCGCAGCCGGAAAGCGCUCAUACGUCUGCUACAACGACAGUCAGGUAAUGGCAGGCAAACGUGAGGAGUAUUGCUACGAGGAUUCCGGUGAAGAGGUGGCAGGGAAGAGAGAGUACAUUUGUUACGACGACAGCGAGAUGGCAGCUGGUAAACGUACGGAAAUUCGUUACGAAGAUGACGACGAGGGAGGCGUCCCCGGAAAACGUGAAACUGUUUGCUAUGAUGAUAGUGAAGUGGUAGCUGGCAAACGUAUGGUGACACACAAGCGGUUUUUACCAUAUCCACCACCCCCACCUCCACCACCUCCACCUCCCCCACCAGGAAACUUCUCAACUCUACCUCCCCCACCAGGGAAUUUAUCAGGACUACCCCCACCACCCCCACCACCACCCCCAACCACUCUUGCUCCACUCCAAGGUUGA